CCGCGGCCAGGUGCGAGGACGGCGGGAGCGUGGCCGAGCAGCGCCGGGGCUGCCUCGAUGCUGAUGCUCCGCGUGGCCGAGCCCUCGCCGGCCCCUGCCGUGGCCCAGCCCGAGGCGGAGCUGCCCGGCUGCGGCAUCGCCCCGGAGCCCGAGCCGCAGGCAGAGCCCCCCGGCCGGGCAGCGCCGCCCCACCGCCGGGCGCGCAGGCUGUCGGGCCGCCGCGGCUCGCACAAGUUCAGCCGGCGGAGCUCGGCCGAGCUGGGGCUGCUGCUGCUGGGCUGCGCGGGGGAGCCGGCGCGGGGGGAUGCGGACGGGGUCGGCGACGGGCAGAGCGCGGCGGGGCGGCCCCAGCGCCGGAGCCCGCCGCCCGCCGCCGAGGGGCCCCGGCCCGAGCAGGGGCAGGGGCAGGAGCAGGAGGAGAGUGAGGAGGCGGAGACCCGCGCCGUGGCCACGUCCCCGGACGGCCGGUUCCUCAAGUUCGACAUCGAGAUCGGCCGCGGCUCCUUCAAAACAGUCUACAAGGGGCUGGACACCGACACCACCGUGGAGGUGGCCUGGUGCGAGCUGCAGACCCGGAAGCUUUCAAAGUCUGAGCGGCAGCGCUUCAGUGAGGAGGUGGAGAUGCUGAAGGGACUGCAGCAUCCCAACAUUGUCCGCUUCUAUGACUCCUGGAAGUCAUGUGUCAAGGGUCAAGUCUGCAUUGUGCUGGUCACUGAGCUCAUGACAUCUGGCACCCUGAAAACCUACCUGAAGCGGUUCAAGGAGAUGAAGCUGAAGGUCCUGCAGCGUUGGAGCCGGCAGAUCCUCAGAGGCCUGCACUUCCUGCACACGCGCUCACCUCCCAUCAUUCACCGUGACCUCAAGUGUGACAACAUCUUCAUCACUGGCCCCACAGGCUCUGUUAAGAUUGGGGACUUGGGCCUGGCCACACUCAAGCGAGCUUCCUUUGCCAAAAGCGUGAUAGGCACUCCAGAGUUCAUGGCCCCGGAGAUGUACGAGGAGAAGUACGAUGAGGCAGUGGAUGUGUAUGCCUUCGGUAUGUGCAUGCUGGAGAUGGCCACCUCAGAGUACCCAUACUCAGAGUGCCAGAACGCCGCCCAGAUCUACCGCAAGGUCACCUCGGGCCUGAAACCCAACAGCUUCUAUAAAGUGAAAGUGCCAGAGCUGAAGGAGAUCAUCGAGGGCUGCAUCCGCAUGAACAAGAAUGAGAGGUACACCAUUCAGGACCUGCUGGAGCACUCCUUCUUCCAGGAGGACACAGGAGUGCAUGUCGAGCUGGCUGAGGAGGAUGAUGGCAUCAAAUCUGGCCUCAAGCUCUGGCUGCGCAUGGACGACACCAAGAAGCUUCAUGGCAAGUACAAGGACAACAAUGCCAUUGAGUUCCUCUUUGAGCUCUACAAGGACGUGGCUGAGGAGGUGGCCCAGGAGAUGGUGACCCUGGGCUUUGUGUGCGAAGCAGACUACAAGCUGGUAGCCAAGGCAGUGCGGGACCGUGUGGUGGCCAUCAAGCGCAAGCGGGAGAAGCUGAAACAGGCACAGGAUGAGCUGCAGCGCAAGGAACGGGAGAAGCAGCAGGGCAUCCUGCAGCUGCUGGAGGAGUUGAAGUCCCCUCUGGCACCGGGGACCCCUGCACCCUCUCCAACCACACCUGGCUCUGGGGACUCCAUGCUCAGUGGUAGCUUCCCCCCGGAGCCUGAGGAACCUGAAGCCGACCAGCACCAGCACUUCCUGUACCGGCAUACCAGCUACUCUUCUGCCACCUCUGACUGUGAGACAGAUGGUUACCUGAGUUCCUCAGGGUUCAUGGACUCCCCCAACCUGUCCCAUCGCAGUUUCUCUGCAGGGGAACCCUUCAGCCCGCCUGCUGCUCCGCUAGACUGCUGCUUCCCCUCGAGCAUUGCAGUGAGCAUGUCCUCCGAGCGCCUUUCUUCUGCACCAGCCAGCGAGUUCUCCUCCCCUGUGGACAGCUAUGCAUCCGAUGUGGCAUCUGGCCUGAGCGAUGGGUAUGAGGGGCUGUCAGCCAGUGAGCCGAGUACCAAGCUGCCUGCCAAGCGGUCAUCGGGAAAAUUGCUGCGGCGCCGAGCCAGGUCCAGGCUGCGCAUCACAAAUAUCUCCGACAAGAGUGACCGGGUGGUGGAAUGCCAGCUGCAGACUUACAACAAUAAGAUGGUAACCUUCAAGUUUGAUCUGGAUGGUGACAACCCUGAGGAGAUUGCUGCUGUCAUGGUCAACAGUGAGUUCAUCCUCAAGUCAGAGCAGGAAGGCUUCAUUCACCGCAUCCGGGACAUCAUCCACCGCGUAGAGACCCUGCUGCGCAAGGAUGGGCACAGCAGCAGCUUGGAGGUGGCUGGGAGCCCCGAGGCUGAGAGUCUGUCACCUGUGGCAGCUGCAGCUACUGCUGCAGCUGCCAGUUGCCCACAGGCGGAGCUACAGCUGCAGGAACUCUCCCACUCCAUCUCUUCGUCAUCCUCGCUAAGCGAUCUGGGCUACACCAGCCCUAGCCAGUCGAUGCAGUCUUUGAUCCAGCCCUCACUGAGCAGCUCCCCAUCAGAGAAUGACAUCUUCAGCUCUGCAGACCCCUUGCCAGGGACCCAGCCCAAUGUGCUGUGGUCUGCACUGCCAGGAACAUCUGCAGGUUCCCCUAGUGCAGCUGUGCAGAGUUGGCCCUCCUUCCUGACAGCGCCUGGCCUGGUCUCAGGCCAGCUACCCAUCUCCCAGUUCCCACAGACUGUUCCCGGUGCUGAAACUGGGGGCUUCCCACCUGCACUGGCACAGUCUCUCCCAACCCGGCCGUCCACCUUGCUGCCUCCAGGAGGGCUGAGCAUCCCAGAACCCCUGAGCCCGCCUGUGACCAGUGCCACACCAGCCAUGCCCCACUGGUCUCCAGCUGCCCCUUUGCUGUCGCUGGCCAACAUGUUCUCCUUGGCAGUGAUGACUGUGGCCCAGACACUGCUGCCAGCUGUCUCAUCCCCCAGCCCAGGUGGGCAUAUCUGCUCACCACAAAUUUCUGAGCCACAGGCGCUGUACCCAGGAACAACACACUUUGUCUACCCUGACUCGUCAGCCCUGGUGGAGCCGGCUGUGCUCUGCAAUGGGACUGGGAAACUGGAUGAGGCCAGUACUGCUGCCUUGGUUCCACAUCCCCUCUGGGCCCCAGUGCCUGCUCCAAUCUUGCAGGACCCUGGAAACUGUGAAGCCACAGAGAACCCACUAUCAUCACAGAGUGCUGCGGAGAGGCUGGACAGCAGCGUGGUGCCACUCAGCUCCCCCAAACCCAGUCACCACCUGAUUGUCUCAGAGUCACCUGCACCCAGCAUGCCCAGGACUCGGCUGUCACCCAUCAAUGAAGAGGCCAGACCCCAGGUUCUGGGUCGCUUCCAGGUGACCCGGUCCCAGGACCCAGCUGACAGCCCCCCAGAUCAACAGAGCCAGAGUGACAGUGAGCAGAGUGGGCAAGAGCCUUGGGAGCCUGGGACAGCCACCAGCUCCCCCCAGCCUAUGGUGCCCAGCUCCCCCGAUGGACAGGAGAGCACCAGCUAUGACUCGGACUCUGUCCCUGAGACUGCAGUACAGGACCCAGAUGAGCUGCUGGCUGAGGAGGGGACACCAGUGGCACCAGCAGAGAGUGACCACGAUGGGCCUGGAGUGGAAGAGCAGGAGGAGGGCAUUGAGAACCCCCAGCAGGCAGUGUUGAGCCAGGUGUGGAUCAGCUACUCGCGCAGCUCCUCCUACCUGAGCAGUGAUGACAGCGAGAGUGAGGAUGAGGAGAUCUGGGAAGAGUUGCAAAAUCUGCGGCAGAAGCAUCUCUCGGAAGUGCAGACAUUGCAGUCCAUGCAGAAGAAGGAGAUCGAAGAGUUGUAUCUGAGGAUGGGAAAGCAGCCACCCCCAGGCAUCGUCUCCCCAGCUGCCAUGCUCUCUAGCCGCCAGCGCCGCCUCUCCAAAGGCAGCUUCAACCCAUCCAGGCGCAACAGCCUCCAGCGUGUGGAACUCUUGCAGCCCACAGGGAUCAUGCGCCGGAACUCCCUGAGUGGCAGCAGCACCGGGUCCCAGGAUCAGCGGUCGAACAAAGGGGUAACGUUUGCUGGAGACUUCAGCCGGAUGGUGAGUCAGGACAAAGAUUGUUCCAUGGGCCUCAGCCCUGUGUAUGGGACCUCCCAGCUCAUUCACUCCCUACCCAGCAGAGCAGAAGCUUGGCUAAGCUCUGGGUCAAAGGCACGUACUAGGAGAGGGGGUGGAAGGAGGAGGGUGGGAUGUUUCCUUCCCCAAAACUGGGCCCUGAGCUCCCUUUCUCAGCAGUUCAUGCUUGUGGCUGCAAGCUCCUGGGGAACAGCCAUGGCCUGGCCCAAUGUGGUGGCUUGCUGGCUUCUUCGAAUGUUUGGGGCUCCCUGCCAAGAGCCAUCACUGUCUCACUUCUUUGUCUUUCCAGUAGUUGGCUGGUCAGGAGUGACUUGCAUAGACUACCUCAGCCAAGCGCUUGCUGCCCUAGAGGUCCAGUGAGGGGCCCUGCUGUGAGCUGGGAAUCCUGUGCUGUAGUUCCCUUCCUGGUGCAGAGGCAGCACAGGCUCUGUGGGGGAAGAGAGCAACUUCCAAUGGGAACAGAAAGCCCCUGCUGUUGCUUAUCCCUUUCAGUUCAACUUCUGCAGGCCAGGGAGCCUCUGUGAGAGUGCCUCAUGGUCUAGAGGGGCACGGAGUCCUGGCCCAGUCUGAUACUUCUGAGGUCAAUCCAUCCUUGUUCAGCCUCAGAAGCCUGAGCCAAAGCUCUAGGCAUGUGACCAACCACCUUACAGCCCCCCAGUCCUGCCCCUUCUCUGCACAGUCCCUCCCCUUGUUCAGACUGCAGGAGCUACAGGGAACUAGGGGGAGCCUGGCUCUGAAGGGAGUGGGGGAGGGCACACCAGAAAGGGAAAAGUAUGCAACAGGGCAGUGGCCCAACUCCACAUAUGUAGCAGCAGUCUCUGGAGGGCCUCAUACCUUGUUUCAGAGCACCUCCUUGUGGUGAUCGCUGCAAAGAGGUCAGCUCCCUCCAGCCUCUCCCACUGCGUUUCAUUCCUGCACACCUCCCCUUCCUUCAGUUGCAGCAAGUGUGACUCGGGCACAUUCUGCCCCAGGCCAUGUUUGCAGAAGACAGGGCUGGGGCUAUGGAAAUGUGUGUGCCAACAUCCCUCCCCUUCAUGGCAGCUCUUGCCUCUGCUUUGCUCCCAGCCCCAAGAGUCCACAGGUUGUGUGUGGAUGGAUGCUUUUGUCUCCUGGGGUGCCCUUGACCCAGAGCUGUAAGCCAGCAGAAAAAGCCCAAGUGCACUUAUGCCUCUGUGUGUUCUAGUAUCAGGCAAACCUUCUGCCUUGCACCAUGGGCUGCCUGAGGCUCUGCCCUAUGCUGAAGACAAUGUCUGCUGUUCCAGAGCCAGGGGUGGCUAGCCCUAGGCUACCAUGCAGCUCCCCACCUGUUCUAGCUGAGCUGUGAGAGAUGCUGCUGCCAUGUGAAGUUCUGCCUCUGCCCUGGUAGAAAACAGAACAGACUAAUGAUGUAAAAACCUCCCUGUACAGUGGUUGUGAAUAAAGUAGAGCAAACAAAGGGG